ACCACUAUACAUGUUUCUCAUGUUCUAAAAGAACUUUAUAUUUGUUGAAACGCUUGCAAAACCCCGCCCCAAUCACAUGAGCAGCGGCCCAUAAAUUAUUUGGAAACCGAUGACGCAUUAUACUUAGAUCCGUCCAUCUAUUUGCGAAUUUCAAAAUGCUUCCGUUAUCUCUUCUCAAGACAUCUCAAGGGCAUCCCAUGCUUGUGGAGCUGAAAAAUGGUGAGACUUACAAUGGGCAUUUGGUGAACUGUGACACCUGGAUGAAUAUCCAUCUUCGUGAAGUGAUUUGUACCUCAAAGGAUGGUGAUAGGUUCUGGAGGAUGCCUGAAUGUUACAUUCGUGGAAACACUAUAAAGUAUCUUCGUGUGCCAGAUGAGGUGAUUGACAAGGUUCAGGAAGAUACCAAGAACCGCAUGGAUAGAAAGCCACCUGGGGUAGGACGUGGAAGGGGAAGAGGUGGGCGGGAUGAUGGUGGUGGUGGUGGUAGGAGGCAAGCAAAGGGUGGUGGCAUGGGAGGUCGUGGCGGCAUGGAUGAAGGAGGUGGUAGAGGCAGGAGCCAAGGCGGAGGCUAUCCCGCUGGCAACAGAGGUGGAGGCCGAGGUGGUCGUGGAUGAUGACAACAUAAUGAAAGUGUGUCGUGAAGUUUCGUUUUAUUUUGGUAUGUUGUAAAUUUGAGUUUUUAUUGUUGAAUUAUUUAGGGAUAAUUUUAUGGAUUAGUCGAGUAAAAUACUAUAUCAUUUGAAAAUCUACAUCGUGAAGGGUGCUUUACAUGCAUUUGGUUAGGGUUUUUGUA